AUGAAAUUACUAGUGUUUACAUGUGCAGUGACUGCACUUUUACUGUGCGCCAGUCCAGUGCGUGCUGAGGAGAAGGAAGAUGUUAUGGUUGAGCAAACAACCGAGUCUCCUAUUGCUGAUAUGGCUUUGGUGGAUCACAUGAAAGCUGAUAGUGGCAUGAAACCGGAAAAGCAAGUUAUGCAAAAACUUCCAGCUGAAGUCCAACCACAGACCAUUGCUGACUUUAUAAUUCAUCCUUUAAUUGCUUUGAAGCCUCGUGUGCCUGAAAUUGAAAGUGGCAAACAGGCUGAGACUGGCUCCACCACUCCUUCACCUUGGCAAUUGUUCGGUUUCAAUGCCGGUCAAGGUCUAGGAUCCUCUGUACAAUCUCUGGCUGGUUCUGUAACAGGUUGGUUGGGUAAUCGUAUCCAAUUGCCAGGUUUGGUUGAUACACCUGUUCGUGAAUCGUCCACUUCUACCUCAACUACAACAACCACUGUCAGACCUGAUGUAGUUGUUAGAGUAAAGCAACGCGCUUCAACCAGGAAGCCUUUGAUUGCUAUUAAUAACGACAAUGAUCGUCCAUACCGCAAAAACAAAAGACCUAACAAUUUCAAUGGCAACAGUGUAGAUGAAUCAGAAGAAGAAGACGAUUCAGAAGAGGAUGAUGAAGAUAACUACAAUGGAAAUCGCAAAAGAUACCAAAACCAUGACGAAGAUGAUGAAGAUGACGAUGCCAGCAACGAAAACAAUCAUGAAGAUGAUGAAGAGGAAGACGAAGAAGAUGACGGCAAUAAUCGUGAUGAUGAGGAUGAAGAGGAGGAGGAAAGACCUGUUAAGCAACAAAACAACAAUCGUAGAAGAAAUCCUAAACCUUUGAACCACAGCAAUAAUAAAAGGAGAAAUACCAACAAUAACCAAAGAAGACGCAUUAACAACAAUCAACGUAAACGCAACCAACAACGCCAAAAACAACAGCAACAAGAAGAAAGUGCCGAAGAAGAGCAAUACGAUGAUGAUGACAAUGAUAAUGAUAACAACAACGAACAAGACUUCUACUAUCAGGGAUCUAAGCGUUCCCAAAAUGAACAAAACUUCAUCCAACGUGGACAACAAAGCUUGUUGAAUCAAAUUAGACAAUUUACCCGCGGCCAAUCCCCAGCUGAAGUAAGCAACAACUUGCGUAAAUCAGCCAACAAAAAGCGUCGCCAACAGGCCACCUUAUUAAUCAAUCGUAAUGGCCAGACCAUUUAUGUAGCCCCUGAACUUUUGCAAGUAGCUGAAGCUAACAACAACAAAUACAGUGCCACCAAAACCAAACGUCCCUCUUCACAAUAUCCCCAACCUCCCUUAACUGUUCCUUACAGAAGGAAAGGUCAACCUACCCAAUACAUUACCAUACCCUGGAAUCAAUUGGGUAUCUCUCCUCCCGAUCAAAUUCUCUCCCUAACUGAAGGCAUCCAGUCACAACCUUUGAUCUUGAACAUUCCCCAAAAUGCCAUAGAUAACAUGCAAAGUCUAAGUCUUAACAAAAAGAAACCAGGCAUCUCCGCCGAUGCUGUGCCCUUGUUGGCUGAAGCCUCCAUUAUGGACAUUUUCAAGCCACCUCGUAUACCACCAGCACGCACCCCUACUACCAAAAAGACCACAAACUCCCACAGCCCCGUUGUUAUUGCUGCCAGACCUAAACCUGGACACACCCGUAUACGUCCUGCCACCCUUGUGGAAAAGGCUCCCGCUGAUGACAACAUGGAUGAGGAGAAAACCGAAACUAUGGAUAAUGGCUCCGAGUCAGCUCAAUUUAUUGUGAUCGGUGAUGAAUCCGGCGAAACAGAAUUGAGUCGCGGUGCUUAUAAACAAAUCUUGGACUACUUUAACCAACAGCGUAUAGGUCGUCAACUCAAUGUUGAUGAAGCUGCUGUAGCUGCUAUGGAAACUCCCAAAAUUGAAGAGCAAAUGAUACCCGUACGUGUUAUUUUUGCUGAAGAAGAACCAGCUAAAGUAGAAGUUGCUGUUAGCGAUAAAAUGGAUAUGGUCACAGAAUCAACUGUUAUGGAUAGCCUUAAGGAAGAAACUAAAGUUGAAGAUGCUGAACCUAUGAUGGAAUCACCUGUUAUGGUCAGCCCUAAAGAAGAAACUGUUGAAGAAGAUAAACCUAUGAUGGAAUCAUCUGUUAUGGUUAUCCCUAUGGAAGAAAGUGUAGAAGAAACUAAAGUUGAUAAGGCUGAACCUAUGAUGGAAUCACCUGUUAUGGUUAGCCCCAUGGAAGAACCUAAAGUUGAUAUGACUGAAGCUAUUAUUAUGGAAUCAUCUACUUCUGCAUAA